AUGGCUAAUUUCUUUGAGCUAAUAAAUAAUUGGUUUGAUCUGGCAAAUGUAUCCCAUCCAAAUAAUAAUAAUACACCGUUUAAAGCACCAUAUGGUACAUUUAUGAAGGAACAAGAUUCACUUUUUGAUGAAGUCUAUGAUACAAUAUUUAAUAUGAGGUGUAAUGGUAAAAACAGUCUUCAAAUAUUUCAAAAAGGUAUUCUUAAGUAUAUUAAUGGGACUCGUUACCUUCUUAAAAUAUUAAAAGAAUAUGGUCCCAAUUAUUUAUUAACCAGUAAAAUCAAUCAAGAUGCUUUGGAGAAUUUGUUUUCUCAGGUCAGGUCUAGAGGAGGGUUAAACGAUCAUCCUACCCCAUUAAAUGCAUAG